CUGGGACAAACAACGUAGAUAUCCGAGCGCGGCCGAGCGCUCAUUUCCGUUUUCGAAUCCGACGUCAUCUACUCUCAAAGCCCGUGUGUUUUGUGUUUCUUUGGGGCCACGAUGAUUAUCGCUAAUUUAAUAUUGAAAUUAUUGAAACUGAAAUUAGAUUUUUUCGUAUCUUAAAAUUAUCUAAAAUAAAAAGUUAAUAAAAUCAUUCACUUAUUUAAUAAAUUAAGCGAGAGAAAGAUAAUUGUAAAAAUACGUAAUAAUAAAACAAACUUGAUUAGUAAUUGGACUAAAAGAAUUUUGAACAAAAUGGGUAUUCAAGAUCUGCAAGUUUUUUUGGAUAGUAAUUAUGUACAAGGUGGAUCUAUACCCGUGGAUCUGUUAAAAAUAGCACGUACUAUUACUCAAAGACAACAUAAUCGCAUUAGUAAAGCACAACAAUUGCAUUCUGGAAAAUUAAGAUUAGUUCUUGAUGGAGAAUGCUGUUUAGAUAGGUUAUAUGGAGGAUAUUUCUCAGAUUGGGCUUGUGGAGGACAAUGGAAUAGAAUGUUGCAAUUUUUAGCUGUUCUCAUACAAGCAACAGAAAUGUCAGGUUUAGAAUUAGCUGUAUUCUUUAAUGGAUGUUUCGAAUCUCCAAGACGUGCAGAUUGGAUUCUAAACCAAUUGCAAGUGCGAAUUAAAGUAAAUAAUGUAUUAAAACAUAUUUCAACUAAGGGUACUCCUCCACCAAAAAUUUGGUGGACUCCACCAGUUUGUUUAAGAACCAGUCUACGUAUGGCUUUACGGCAUUUAAACGUUACAGUACUAUGUAGUAUGGAUGAUCACCAUCAAGAAGUGAUCGCAUAUUGUCGAGAGAAUAAUUUUAAUGGUUUAAUUGCUGACGAUGCAGAAUAUGCUGCAUUUGAUCCUCCACGAUAUUUUUCAUCUGAACAGUUAAAACUCACAUAUAAAGGCUCUCUUGACACCAAAGAGUAUAUUCUUCCAGAACUUUUAAAAGCUUUAAACAUCCCUUCUGAUAGACUAUGUUUAUUAGCUGCAUUACUUGGCAAUUAUAUUUUAACUGAGCAUGACUUAGCUGAUUUUUAUAAAAAAUUGAAUGUUAAUACUAAUCUGAACAAAGUAAAUGUUGAUCAUACAAUUAAAACCAUCGCUAAUUUCGUUCGAGAUUUACCAUCUGUUGAAUUGGAUGUAGUUUCGCAAAAAGUUUUCGGAUCUUUAUCAGAUCCGAGAUGUUCAAAAUUGAGGCAAUCAGUUCAAUACUAUAUAAAUGGAACUAAAGAUGGAUUUUUGCAUUAUAAACCAGUGAAACCAAAUAGAGUACACAAAUUAGAUUCUAAGCAAAGCGUUCAACAACAAUCUAAUUUAUCUGAAACGCCCUCAACUUCAGAAGCUGAAUCGAAUUUAGAAACAUCUAGAUUUGCGUCUGAGACUGUAGAAAGCGAACGUGAGAGUUUAAACGCAUAUAAGCAAGCCACUGCAAAUGCGAAGUCCGCACCACAAAUUGUGAUAGAUCCACCGGGUAUCCAAGGCCAUGGAGAUGCUGAUAAUAUUAGGACAGAAGAAGAACAAAAUAAUGGGCAUGCUAUUAAUGGUACACACAAUCUUUUAAUUAGUUCAUCAAGUUCGAGCAGUAGUUCUUCUGCAACAUCUCCAUCUCAUGCGACGGCUGAUUCAUCGAAACAAAUGGAGAAAACAAUGACUAUUCCUAGUACAGUACCAGAAGUAAUGCGUACCGCAUCUGAACGGCAUCAGAAAGGUUUAAUGUCUCCUCAUAUUUAUCAAAUUCUCAUUGCUGGAGAAAUAAAGCUGCCUGUUCUUCUCGAAGAUGAAAAUCAUCGCGAAUUUCCAUCGAUACAUCUUAUUUAUAGACCUGUUAGACAAAUGGUAUAUGCAAUAUUAUUUAAUCUUCAUCACAGAAUGUAUUUAGCUGCUAAAAGUAAAGAGAAAGGAGAUAGUGAAAAAAUUGAAGUCCCAGAUGUUGUAAUAAAAGAGUGGGUAUGGUCCAAAUCAAAUCCAUAUCUUACGCCAGAAUCUGUAAAAGCAGAACAAAUUGGUUGGGGUGUUCCCACAAUACAACGUUUAUGGUUUGGCACAGGUAUAGAUGAUAAACGUCGUCGUUUACGUGGAUUUCUGACCUGUAUGAAAUCAGAUACACCUCUUAUGUUAAAUACUUCUUAUGUACCACAACAUCUUUUAGUCAUGGCUUGUGUAUUAAGAUAUAUUAUGUCGUUUUCGGAUAAAAUAAAGGUUUUACGUCGUUGGGAAUUAGACGCUUUCAUUGCACAAGCAUUUUCGCCAGAGCUUAUGAACGCUCAAUAUUUACAAGAUCUCCAGCUCCCUUUAGUAACUUCACGUGGAGUGCAAUUAGCCACUUUAUUUAUGGCCGGUGUCGAAACUGCUCUCUUAGCUAAUGAUGCUUGUGGUGCCCCAAUCCCAUGGUUAAUGUGUUGUCCAUGGUUAUACUUUGAUGGAAAACUAUUUCAUCAUACAUUAGCUCGAGCUAGGAUUGCAAAAAAUUUAUUAGAACUUUGUGGUGGCCAUAUAGAUCGUAUCGUGAAAGUCGAACGGAUGAAGAAAGCUAUUUUAGAAGGUACCAAUGUUAUUUUUGCACGAGCACCACCAGUUGGUCCAGGUAUUCGCAUGUCUGUACCUCAGAAUAUUCUGACUCCUGGAUGUACAAUCAAUGAUGGUUUAAUGCGCGGAAGAGGCAGUGGAACUAUACCUCAACGUGGAUUGAUGCGUCGUCCUAUACCAUCCCGCGGUGGACAAUUAGAAAUUGCUGGAGUCGUCGUUGGACAAUGGGGUCCAAAUUAUGGACAACCUGGUCGUUUACCUCAGCCUCUACAAGGACAUCCUCGCGGACGGCUUCCACCUCAAGUAACUUCAAUUGGUGGUCUUAAGUAUGGUCUCCCUCGUGGUUUCACUCCUAUGGGUCGUCCCACAUUUCAAACGCGGGGAAACAAUCGUGCGCAAAUUGCAGGACGAGGAAAAAAGACACAGAUGAAAGCAACUGGUAAAAAGAAAACUACUGUUAAAAAGAGUAAAGAAAGUGAAAACAAAAAAGAAACUAGAGGACGGGGUAACAAUGUCGAUGGAAUAACUGACUACAGUGAUUCAAUUCCAAAUAUGAAUGCAACAAAAGACGCACUGCCAGUACCAGGCCAAUUUGAGGAUGCCAUAGAAAACGGCAAAGGGAUAGAAAAAGGGCAAGGAGAUGCGUCACUGGUUGCUCCAGUCGCCGCUGAAAAUUAGGCAAAAAAGCAUCGUUAAUGCGAUGUCAAGAUAUUGUAAAACUACAAGGAUAUAGACCCAUUUUCGACGUACACGAUACGAUGUCCUCACUGCCAAACGUACCAUUCAGUGUGUAGGAUAAGAGCGAAAACGAACGUGAUUUAAGAAAAAGAAGAAAAUAAAAAAACAAUAAAAUCGUGCUUGUGCUAACACGAGCGUGUUUUUAGACUACUACUACUCCGCUCGGAUCACCAUAGGAUGAACUCGACUGAUUAGUGUAUGCGUGCGCUAAUUUUACUAAGAACAAGAACAAGUCGUCAGCUGCUAUAAGUAUUUAAUUCUUAAGAAGUGUGAUUAUUUUUUUUACAAUGAAAAUAUAUAUUUUCCGGUAUUAUAUGAAAUGCUCGCAUUGAUAGUCUCAGUAUUCUGAUCUUUGUAAACGUCCAACGAAAAUCAUAACUUUAAGACAUCACGGACGAAUAAAUAAAUAAAACAUUGAUAGAUAAAUCAAUAUGAAACAAUAUACUGUCGAUACUUUUAUUUCUGUUUUAUAGAUAAUGCAAGGCAGGAUACUGAGACAUUCAGUAGCAAAUGGAGACUGAUGCUUUUCAUAUAGGUAAAAUAUAUAUUUAUAUAUGGUUUAGAUUAGAGAUUCCCAAUAGCAUAUUAUAUGUAAGUUGUAAAUGAUUGCUUGUGAGUAUGUGUGUAGUGGAAUGUUAAGGUAUUGUAUGAGAGAAGUACAUAAAAAUGAAAGAAAAAUGAAAGAUUGUUUUACUUGUGAAAAUCGUAAUGAAAGAAUAAAGAGAGAGAAAGAAAAUACCAUAAAUGCAUGGUUGUAAGAUCGAAUAUAUAAAGAAAUAUAAGAAAUGUAUAUAAACGUCGAAUGUUAAUGCGUGUCGGUUCACGUACACACGAUGCAUAAAAAUAUGAAUACAAUGGAGAAUUGAGUGUACGCGCGUGUAUGUGGCCCGAAUGAUAUAUUUAUUUGUUGUUGUGUCGAUGAAAAGAGGAAUGAAUGAUUUUUGAACGAAUUAUAAAUUUCCAUGUACGAUAAGAGAUACAAUAUGUACUCAUGGACACGCGGUAGAUUUGAUGCAAGAGUAAUCGGCUUGAAUUUUCAAAAAAAAGAAAGACGAGGUUCUCUAAAAGAGUUAUUCUUGUGAAAGUCUUUCGAUGUCGCUUGGAAAAUAUGCUGCACUAUGCGUUAUUCUAAUUCAAUAUCAUAAACUGAAUCAUAUAUUAAUUAACAAAAAAUAAGUAGUAAUUUGUACCAUGGAGAAGAUCAUCUCUUUUUUAUGAUUUCAUUGAAAGCUUUUUUUUUCUUUUUUUCUAUUAUUUUUUUUUUUUUUUUUUUUUUUUUUUUUUUUUUUUUUUUUUUUUUUAUUUUUUGGGUAAAAAUUAUAUAUAUUCGUGCCUUUUGUAGCAUAUUUUCGAAAGAAUGUACGAUACGUGUCCUUCCUUUAAUUGUACAUACGAAUAGUUACUUUAGAAGUGACAGAGUGAGGUUGGUGUAAAUAAAAAAAAUCUGGUGAUUUCACGCUUUUAUUGCGUGAGGAACCGAUUCAAAAUAGGAGAUCAUCAUGUUAAAAGAAGAAAAAGAAAAUACUAUUAUAAUACUAUUUAUGCGUAGAAUAGUCGAAAAGACAUUCUAUCAAAGAUCAUUGGAAUUCGAAAGAUAGAUUUCUUUAUCAUUGAAGGAUGAUAAUACACGUAUAACAGAGAUACAAAAUAGUAUGACAGAACAUGAUUAUUUAUCAAAAGGGAUGAAAAUAAAAAGGAAAAAAGUAGAUAAAAAUGAUAUACGUCUAAAAUGCAGAGAUAAUUUAAAUUGAAUAAGAGAGCGAACGAGAGCGAGAGAGAAAGCGAUUGUGAGAGAGAAAAUCAUUUAUUGAAAUAAUAUAAUGAAAGAUAAAGAUAAAAAUGUUAUAUUUUUGUAGAUUUGUUAUUGCGUAAAAAAAUGCAUUAAGACAAUGAGAAACUUUAUAUAAUUUGAGCGACGGUUAAACUGAGCCUGAAAAAAUUAAAAUGAGUGACUAAGAUCAUAAAGAGAAAGGAUAUUGUAUAGAGAAUAUGAUAAAGAUUUAAAAAAAAAAAAACAUAAAAGAAAAUGAAAAAGUGCUUUAGAAAAAAUGAUGGUAUGUUGAACGUGUUUGACAUCUACAAUUUAAUAAGAAAAUCUUAUUAAUUCUUUUGUAUCUCCGAAGCUCUCAAAGUUCUGAGUUGCUUGCGAACAAACAUAAAAUCUAAAAAAAUAAAAAAAUAAACAAAACAAAAAAAAACAAAUAAAACUUAAAAAUAGGAAAGAUAUUUAAAAAAAGAAGAAACUAAAUGUCAGCUUCAAUAUGAGCUAUACCAACAUAUGCAUAUAAUAAACAGUUUUUUCAAUAUGAUUCAAAAGAAAUAAUAAACAAUAAAAAUAUAAAGAAAUCAAGUGUCGUGAAUGAAACUGUAUAGACUAAAAAAAAUGAAAAAUGAAUAUUGUUAUCAUUCGAUGAUUUUCAAUUAAUAACAUACACUCGCACUAUCAUUAUUUUCCGAGUACAGUAUAUGAUAUAUAAAAUAUGCACCAAAGUAUAUAAAGAAAAAAAAAUGAUAAGAAAAAAAGAUGGCCGUGUAUCUUUCUUGAACAAUUUAAAAUUAAAACAACGCAAAUCGCUCAUGAAUAACUAACCAAUGUAAUGAUAAUAAUAAUAGUAAUAAUAAUAAUAUUAAUAAUAAGAAUAAUGUUAAACUAGAAGCAGAGAGACGUUUCAGAUCCGACGGAUGAAUAAUUAAAAGUAAAAUGCCACUUUACGCUUUCGUGUAAAGAUAGAUUUUCUUUCUCAAAAAUCAAUCAUCUUGAUAUAUGCAAACCGAAGAAUACAAAAUAUACAAAAACAAAGUUAAAAAAACGAUAAAAAAGACAUUUAAUGUAUAUAUAGGGUAUUAAUGUAUUUGUGAUAUUUUUAGAAAAUUCAUUCUAUAGAUUAAAACAAAUACAAAAGUUUCUAUGUAAAAAUUUCAGUUAUAGUUAUAUACUUUAUAUAUAAAAUUUAUUUAUAUAAAGUUAUAAACAAUUUAAAUUUGCGUUAAAUGAAGUGAUAUGAAGACAAAGUGAAGUUAUAGCUAUAACGGAGAAUUAUCUCAUUCUCUAUUUUCUUAACGUAAACUUAGAUUGUUUAUAAUUUAAUAAAUAAGCUUCAACUGAAAUUUUUAUAUAUUAUUUUUUGUAUUUAUUUUAGCCUUUAAAAUUGACGUUCCUAAGAUAUUUCAUAAAUAUAUUAACACCCUGUAUAUGUAUAUACACAUAUAAUAUGAUGGUACUCAACAUAAUCAGUUGCUGCUGCACUGAUAUGAGGUAAUGCAAUAAAUAUAAGAAAUGAAAUAAUUUAAAUGUACUAAAUAUUGAAGCGAAAACAAAAUAAAACCGAUAUGGAAUAUAAAAAAGAAAAAAUACGAAAAAGGAGGAAAAUAAAGAAUGAAUAAAAGAAAAGAAAUAAAUACGAAAUCCAUAUUAUUGAAAAUAAUGCAACAGAGCAGAAGUAUCAUAAAAAUCAUAAAACAUAAUAUAUAAUGAAAAAGAAAGAAGUGAAAACUUACCUAAAAAUGGUAAAUAAAUGAUCGACAUAAAAAGAAUAGGUGCGCAUCGUGCCUACUUUUUCGCUGUAAUAUGUAUUAAAAAAAAUAAUAAACAUGUAAAAAAUAGGGGCCCACGAAACAAUUUCAACGAUAGAGAAUAUAUCCAUGCGAGAAAGUUAAACGAAAUGAGCCAACACAUAAAACGAAUGACCUCUCUUUGUGUAUUUAGAAA